ACUAAAACUUUUUGAGUUAGUUAAAAAUGAAUUCAACUCUUGUUCAGUAUCACAAUGGACAAAACUCUCCCAGAACCCAAAUAGCACUGUGAGGAGGCAGCAAGACACAAAUGUACAUGACUGAGUAUGAGACAUUAUUCUCUUCUUGUGACAAAGACAAGGAGGAUUGUCUUGAUUGGAAGAACUGGCGCUGCGAAAAGCAGCCUAGCUAACAUAAUAUUUGGCCAUACUUUCAACUCUGAAACAAGAGAAUGUCGAGCAGAAACCAGAUCUGUCAAUGGAAGAUGCAUCAUGUUGAUCGACACUCCUGGUUUCUUUGACACAGACAUGACUGAGGAGCUGAAGACUGAGACAAUGAGGUGUAUCACUGAGUGCACUCCUGGGCCUCAUGCUUUUCUCAUUGUACUUAAAGUGGAGAAAUUCAGCAUGCAGGAGAAGGAUGUCUUCAAGAAAAUAUGUGAAUAUUUCUCUGAUGAAGCUUUCAAAUAUGCUGUAGUUGUCUUCACUCAUGGUGACCAGCUCCCUGAAGGGAUGACAAUUGAGGAGUUUGUCCAACAGAAUCAAGGUCUGAGUGAUCUGGUGAGGAAGUACAGUGGCCGGUGCCACGUUGUUGAUAAUAAGCACUGGAACAACAACCGACCUAAUGAAUACAGGAGCAACCAGCUCCAGGUGGAAAAGCUACUCAACACCAUAGACAAGAUAGUGAUGGAAAACAAUGGAGGCUACUACACCAAUGAGAUGCUGCAAACAGUGGAGAGAGAAAUACAAGAGGAAGAGCGCAUCAGACUGUCAUUAGGAAACAUGACACAGGAAGAUGAAACGCAGGGUCUGUGUAUCAUCUUAUAAUCCAUCAUUCAUUUGUAAUUAAAAAAUGCUUUUUGGAUUGAAGAAUUUGAGACAAAACCAAUAAUGAGCUGUGACUCAUCAAAAAAGGGAAGAGAAUAUAUCAUUAAGAAGUCAUAUCUAUAAUAUCUCUUUCUCUGAAAGAAAAUCUUGUUCUAAAGAAUCUUUAACCAGCUUAUUAUGUUUAUUCAUACAGUAUGUUCAACUGAACUCAUGUUCAAGCUGUAGGUUGUACUUGUUGUCUGAGCUUCAAACUUUAUUCACUAUUUCUGUAAUACUAGUUUAACACAGAGUUUCAGUGUGAUGUGUGUAAACUAUAAUCCCAAAGCAGAAAGACAAUGUUGGUUGUAUUUCUGUCCAACUUUAAAAUAUCUUUUCACUGUUUAUUUCAAGACUAAACAGAAAAUAUCAAUUCAUGUAUUUACUGUAAACUAUAUAUUUUUGUCCUCUGAUGCUUCUUCAGAAAUAAUUGUAGUUCUUUGUGGAUUAACAUGUAUCA